GACGAAACAAAAUAUCCGACGAAACAAAAUAUCCGGUGCUUUUGGUUGCCUAUAUAAGCAAGACUUUCCCUGUAGGUACUAGCCUGUCCAGUGUCAAUCUUUAUCGGCUUAAGUCAUUGGCUACUUUCUGAUUUCUGGGUGCAAUGAGUCGGCGUGUUACAGACGAUCCUGAAACAAACGAGAUGGAGAUCGCAAGUGGCCCUUCCUCGCGCCGCCAUCCAGCGGUUGCUCACCACAUUCACAGGGUGGAACCGCCUCAAACGCAAAAUGCUUGGAAAGAAUUCAGAACUGGCGUUAAGGAAAUUUUCUUCUAUGAUGAACCCUUACGCCAUUUUAAGGACGAAUCGGCUGCAUCAAAGUUUCUUCUAGUCCUUCAAGGUAUUUUUCCCAUUCUUGACUGGGGAAGGAGCUACCGUCUUCAAAAUUUCAAAGGUGACCUUGUUGCUGGACUUACCAUUGCCAGUCUGUGUGUUCCUCAGGAUAUUGCAUAUGCAAAGCUUGCAAAUCUGGACCCUCAAUAUGGAUUGUACUCGAGCUUUGUUCCACCUCUUGUUUAUGCUUUUAUGGGCAGCUCCAGACAUAUUGCCAUAGGACCAGUGGCCGUGGUGUCUCUGCUACUUGGUACUCUGCUGCAGAAUGAGAUAAAUUCAUCUAACAAACUUGCUUAUAAGCGUCUUGCAUUCACCGCUACCUUCUUCGCUGGCGUUACUCAAUUUGCACUUGGUUUUUUCAGAUUGGGUUUCUUGAUUGACUUUCUGUCUCAUGCCGCCAUUGUUGGAUUCAUGGGUGGAGCUGCGGUUACCAUAGCCCUUCAACAGCUCAAAGGUCUUCUUGGUAUAACAAAUUUCACGAAGAAGACUGACAUUGUUUCUGUCAUGCAUUCUGUUUGGGGCACAGUACAUCACGGGUGGAACUGGCAAACCAUAAUCAUUGGACUGUCAUUCUUGGUCUUCCUUCUGAUUACCAAGUACAUAGGGAAAAAGUAUCCAAAAUUAUUUUGGGUAUCUGCUAUGGCUCCUUUGAUCUCUGUUAUAGUAGCCACCUUUUGUGUGGCUAUCACCCAUGCUGAUAGGAAAGGUGUUGCAAUUGUGAAACAUAUACAAAAGGGCAUAAAUCCUUCGUCUGUUCACGAAAUCUAUUGGACUGGAGAGUUUGUCCUCAAAGGUCUUAAGAUUGGUGUCGUGGCGGGUAUGAUAGGACUGACGGAAGGUGUGGCGAUUGGAAGAACAUUUGCUUCCAUGAAUGACUACCAGCUGGACGGAAACAAAGAAAUGGUGGCAUUUGGAAGUAUGAACAUUAUUGGUUCCUUGACAUCUUGCUACGUUACGACAGGAUCCUUCUCUCGCUCAGCAGUAAAUUACAUGGCUGGCUGCAGUACAACCGUUUCAAAUAUUGUGAUGUCUUUGGUUGUUCUUCUAACCCUGGAACUCAUCACACCAUUAUUUAAGUACACUCCGAAUGCUGUACUUGCUUCCAUCAUCAUAGCUGCAGUGAUAGGCCUAAUUGACAUUAAAGCUGCACUACUACUAUGGAAGAUUGACAAACUGGAUUUUAUUGCUUGCAUGGGAGCCUUCUUUGGAGUGGUUUUCAAAAGUGUUGAGAUUGGCCUUUUAAUUGCGGUGGCAAUAUCCUUUGCCAAAAUCCUCCUGCAAGUCACAAGACCACGGACUGCAAAACUUGGGAAACUCCCGGGGACUAAUGUUUACAGGAACAUCGUGCAAUAUUCCGAUGCAAAACCUGUUCCUGGCACUCUGAUUGUUAGAGUCGAUUCUGCAAUUUACUUUUCGAAUUCCAACUAUAUUAAGGAAAGGAUUUUGAGAUGGCUCAGCUAUGAAGAAGAAGAAGUAAACAGAAUCAAUUUACCGAGAAUUCAGUAUCUUGUCAUUGAAAUGUCACCGGUUACUGAUAUUGACACUAGUGGAAUUCAUUCCUUCGAAGAGUUACAUAGGAGUCUUCAGCAUAGAAAUAUACGUCUUGCUCUAGCGAACCCGGCGCCAAUAGUAACUGAAAAGCUUUACUCCUCUGAGUUUGCAACAUUAAUCGGGGAGAAGAUGAUAUUCCCCUCAGUUGCAGACGCUGUCCUAACACUGCCAAGAAAUCAAGAGCCAUAACAUAUACGAGGGAGGAUGGUUAAUGCGUUUGCCUUGUUAAGAUGUGAAUAAGAUAGGGCGUUUAAAUCGAAAAAGUGUGGCCUGCAGACGUUUGCAAUACCGAUCAUCAGUUGUGGGCAACCCUGAGAUUGCCGGUGUAAGAUUUGGAUUAGGUCCUUUUGUUUUUUCGUUCUCUCAUUUUCUUUCCAAUGAGCUCUAGAUGAGUUCGUCGUUUAUUGUUAUUCAGUUUUUUGUUUCUCCUAAAUUUGCGUUUGUUUUGGUCCGAAAAGAAGGUAAUUCAUGGGUUUUCUCUCUAAGAAGUUCCAGCUGAA